AGGGGUGUGAGCGUGUAAUUACGUGGGUUCCAAAAAAAAAAAAAAGUUGGUCUGAUUUGCUGGAAUCGCACAGGCAGGAGCGAAGGUGCGCCACAUAUGAAGCAGCGCGAGCUCAGGGCGCAACUUCCCACGCGCACAAGCACGCGCGCGUGCAAAAAAAAACAAAAAAAAAAACAAAGUCUCUGCAGCUCCACUUUGACUCUGCUGCAUUUUCGACAAUCUUCCGGACUGCGAAAACCGAGGGAAAGUUGAUGGAUUUUCUCGGAGGCUUUCUUCUCGCUCGCUGCGGAUGAGUACGGCUCGCGGUGCAGGAAUGGCGCGAUAAAAGUCGGCACCAACUCUUCCCCCCCCACCCCCCUCUCCUUCUUCUUCUCCCCGCUCACUUUGGUGUGCAAGCCGACUCGUCAUGUAUUCUCCAAUUUGUCUCACUCAGGAUGAGUUCCAUCCCUUCAUCGAGGCCCUCCUCCCGCACGUCCGGGCCAUCGCCUACACGUGGUUCAACCUCCAGGCCAGGAAGCGCAAGUACUUCAAGAAGCACGAGAAGCGGAUGUCCAAGGACGAGGAGCGCGCCGUCAAGGACGAGCUCCUGAGCGAGAAGGCCGAGGUCAAGCAGAAGUGGGCCUCCCGGCUGCUGGCCAAGCUGCGCAAGGACAUCCGGCAGGAGUACCGCGAGGACUUUGUGCUCAGCGUGACGGGCAAGAAGCACCCGUGCUGCGUGCUGUCCAACCCGGACCAGAAGGGCAAGAUCCGCCGCAUCGACUGCUUGCGGCAGGCCGACAAAGUCUGGCGCCUGGACCUGGUCAUGGUCAUCCUCUUCAAAGGCAUCCCCCUGGAAAGUACGGACGGCGAGCGGCUGGUCAAGUCGCCGCAUUGCACCAACCCCGCACUUUGCGUCCAGCCGCACCACAUCACCGUCUCCGUCAAGGAGCUGGACUUGUUCCUCGCCUACUAUGUCCAAGACCAAGACUCCCAGCAGUCAGGAAGUCCCAGUAACAAUGAGCAAGGCAAGAACCCUCUUCCAGUCUAUUUGGAAGACAGCUUCAUCAAAUCGGGAGUGUUCAGCGUUGCGGAACUGGUUCGAGUGUCCAGAAUGCCCAUUACCCACGGUGCGGCGGUCAACUUCUCCAUGGCGGACAUGCCCGGCCAGCCCUACUAUCACGACCUCAACUCCAGCGUGGGGAUGCACCGCUCCUUGUCCUCCCCUCCCGGCAGCAAAAGGCCGAAAACCGUCAACAUGGAGGAGAACAUGGACACCAGCCCCACGGGCCCCGACUUCUACUCCUCGCCCAGCUCGCCGGCCAGCAGUCGGGCAAAUUGGCACGACCGGGAUGGAGCAGACAUGUCGUCGCCCACCAUGAAGAAGCCCGAGAAGGCCGCCAUGUUCAGCCCCACCUCGCCGCAGGACUCCUCGCCGCGAAUCAGCACUUUUCCUCAGCCUCACCACCCGGGCCUGACGGGCGUCGGACACAGUGUUAUCUCCACGAGGAGCCCCCCGCCGCACUCGCCGCUGCAGUUCUCCGCCUCGGCCAUCCUGCCCCCGGCGCCGUCGUCCUACUUCCCACACAGCACCAUCCGCUACCCGCCCCACCUCAACCCGGCCGACACCCUCAAGAGCUACGUGCCGCCGUACGACCCGUCCAGCCCGCAGAGCGGCCAGCCCAACAGCAGCGGCCAAGUCGUGGGCAAAGUCCCAGGCCACUUCACGCCGGUCCUGGCUCCCUCCCCGCACCACGGCGCUGUGCGACCCGUCUCGCUGUCCAUGCCCGACACCAAGCCCAUCACCACGUCAACGGAAGGCUACUCGGCUCCCGGCACCCCCACGGCGAACCGCUUUGUUGGCCUGAGCCCCCGAGAUCCUGCCUUCCUCCACCAGCAACAGCUGAAGAAGUGUGACUGGAGCGUGACUCAAAACGGCAGGCAUUAUGGCCCCAGUGCCGCCGACGACACUUUGGGGAUUGCUUGGCAAAGUCCUGGUACCUGGGCGAGCUUAGUUCCGUUUCAAGUGUCGAACGGGACGCCGAUCCUGCCAACAAAUGUCCACCAGAACUACAGCAUAAGCAUCAUUGGUGAGCCGCUGGUCCCCGCGGAAACCGGGAAUUGAGCCUCGAGGGUGGACGAGCGCUUCGGAGGAGGUGUGGUGGGCUUUGGGGUUUUUUGUUUUUUUUUUUCCAUGAGGGGGACGCCGAAACCAGCAAAUGCAGCAGCGGCGGCGGCUGUACAAUCCGAACACUCUUCCAUACUAUCCCAAGCCCCCCUCGCCCACUUUUCCCCCGGGCCAUGAUGGACGCCGGCGUAAGGAAGGACGCGUCAGGUGUGCCACCCCUCUCCUCACCCUGACACCACAUAACCACCCACGUGACACACGCACACACACACACACACGCAUACAGUCUACACACACACACACACACACACACCAGCCAGUUGUUGUUUGCAGAACUUUCCAAUGCAUUCAAAUACUGUGAUGUAUAGAUGCCUUAAUGUUUUACUGCAUGACACUCAAAUCUGUGCUUCUGAUGACAAACGCGGGGGCGGGGUCAAACAAAGUCACUGUGUACACCGUCGAAAAACAUUCAGAGUGCUUCUUCGUCGACUGUGAUGCCGGGAGAAACAAAAAUGUUUGUUGCGUGUUGUUUUUGUUUGUUUUUUUGGGAGACUUCCAACAAUUUAGAGAGUUAACUACUUGAGAUUGGGCCCCUCACUAAAAGAUUUAUGACCCCUUUCAAAAAGGUUUUUUUUUGGGGGGGGGGUUGUUAAAGAAGAGCAAUUUCCAUGGAGGCAAGUGCAAUUGAAUUUUUUUUUUUUUUUUUUUUUGAAGGGAAGCUAUCAGUCUGUCAGCCCUCAGACUCUAAAGGAAAGGGGGAUAAACAUGGAAUGGUUUUAUGGGUAAAAUAUUUGGAUUUUAUUUUAUUUUUUUAACAAUUUGAUUUCGGUCCCAGCAGCAACACCAGCACUUGUUUUUUGUUCCGUGUCCUUUCUCAAUUGUACAGGGACAUAUUGUUUAUUCUUUCCUUAUUUAUUUCUUGGCAAAGGGGGGAGGAAUAACCCCUUUGAGAAAGAAAUGAACACAUAUGGUGUGUAAAAAAAGAAAAAAAAGAAAAGAAAAAAAAAGGCAUUUCACUUUUUUUUUUUUGGAUAAGAUCAACAGCAUUUUGGCCCUUGGCUUUGAAAGCGUAUGUUUACAAGAGGAGGAAGAAAGAAGUGUUAUUUGAUGGAAACGUGCAGUGAAAUUGUCAAUCAGUCAGGCGGUGGCAAAAAAAAAAAGAAGAAAAAAAACAACAAAAACAAAAAAAGAUUUUUUUUCAUUAUCGCGCCAUCAACCUCUGCAGUCUUCACUUCAUUUGCACGACGAUACAUGACGUCCACAUGGCGUGCCUUUCUGCAUAUCCACACACACACAUACGCACACAUACACACACACACACACACAUUUUGUUCUUUUUAAUCAUCGUAGGGACACGCAGAGUUAACAUUUUUAAUGUUUUUGUACUCCGAACAUGAACUGUUUAACUUCAUGUAAUAUUUUCAGUGUCACAGUUCCAUCGCGUAUCCAGGCUGUGUAUAGUCAAGUUUGUAAUCUUUUUUUUUUUUUGGUUUUCCCCUCCAGUAUUUUGCCCCCUCCCUCCCCCGCGGCUUUUCUAAUAACCUAUCAUGCUCCCCCCACCCCCCGCCCCCGACUUUCCGCACUCAUUGUCCUUGAAUUCAGAAUGAUGAAACUUAUGCAAUACCAAGUUUUGCCUAUAUAGGUAGUGCUUAUAGACAACGUCAAAUAUUAGAAGCUAGUUUGGAGAUAGACACUAUUGUAAUGCAUUUAUUUCCUUGAUCUUGAUGUUGUUGUUGUUGUUGUUGUUGUGGUGGUGGCGGCGACUGGUUUUUCCUUUUUCUCAUUUCUUUAAUUUGACCAAAGCGGGGCUGCUGUCGGUGCAGUGUUUGUCAAGGUCUUCAAGCUUCGUCCAGUCUACAUUUAGAACGUUGCGUUUUUUGUUUUUACGUCUACACUUGUUUUUACAAGUGCAUCCACGGUGGUUCUACAGCUGCAAAGUCACCUCAUAGUCUGACUGUGAGUAAAAAAUCAAAAAAUUAAAA